GCGAGAGAAUAUAAUGCGACCAUUUCAAAGCGCCCUUCUCGCUCUCUUUCUCUCUUUUUUCCAAAAUUCCAACAGAGAGCGCGAUGGCUAUGGUAGAGAGCAUUGUCGGUCUCGUCCUCAUGCUCCUCCUUCUCCUUCUCAUCUUCAUCUUCCUCUGCAAGCCAUGGCGCUUCUUCUCAUUCUAUUCCAGACGCCUCAUCAAGGUUGAUGAUCUAGAAAGGCCUCUUUUUCCCGGUGAUUCUCCAUCCCCAAGCCCAAGAAAUGACUUGUCCAGAAGCUGUGAUUUAGAGGGAUCUAGUGCUCAAAUUGAUGGAAGUUUCAGCUCACCUAGCACACAUGGACUAGUCUAUAAACAGAGGAUUCCAUCAGCAGAUGCACAUGUGAGCCAAGGUGCUGCUUUGAUUCUGGAUGUUAUUUCUGAACCUCCAGAACAUUUGUUAGUUGGUCAAACUCUCAAACGUACAUUGGUGCCAAGUUGGCCUGUUGAAGGAAGAAAACAUAUUAGAAAGGAUGAAGGAUACUGCAAUUCAGUUUCCUUUGAUGAUGAUAAAUAUCAAGUUUCGUUGCCCCAAGAUACUACUGACCAACGAAGCAGCCUGACGUUGGAAGUUAUAUCUGGUCCUUCUCGUGGACUCCGCUGUUCCCUGCAGUCAACAAAUGCCUCUCGAUUUCCAUUGACCCUUGGAAGAGUUCCUCCAAGUGAUUUGUUGCUGAAGGAUUCAGAGGUUUCAGGGAAGCAUGCAAUGAUAAAUUGGAACUUAAAUAAAUUGAAAUGGGAGCUGGUGGAUAUGGGGAGCUUGAAUGGAACCCUCUUAAAUUCUUGUGCAGUUCACCAUCUAGAGUCAGGACAAAGGCAUUGGAGUGAACCCAUCGAGCUUUCAAGCGGAGACGUAAUUACUCUUGGUACAACAUCCCAAGUAUAUGUUCAAAUUACCCAUCAUGCUGAACAUAAUAUUCCCUUUGGAGUUGGUCUGGCUUCUGAUGCUAUGUCUCUGCGCCGAGGAGGAAAGAAACUUCCUAUGGAAGAUGUGUGCUAUUACCAGUGGCCACUUCCCGAAGUUGACCAGUUUGGACUGUUUGGCAUCUUUGAUGGGCAUGGUGGAGCAGCUGCAGCCAGAUCCGCAAGCAAAACACUGCCCAAGACGGUUGCCGAUAUGUUGUCAGUUUCAGAAAGAAGAGAGAGGGUUAUUUCCCUUGGUGAUGCUUCAGAAGUCCUUAGGGAUGCAUUUUUUCAGACAGAGGCAGCUAUGAAUCAUCAGUAUGAGGGUUGUACUGCAACGGUUCUUUUGGUUUGGGCUGAUCAACAAGAUGACUUCUUCGCACAAUGUGCAAAUGUUGGGGAUUCAGCUUGUGUUAUAAAUAUUGGUGAGAAGCCUAUUGCUAUGACUGAAGACCACAGAAUUACUAGUCAAUCAGAAAGAAACCGGUUGAGGAAAUCUGGGCCUCCAUUGAAAGAUGGCGAAACACGACUGUGUGGUUUGAAUAUUGCCCGCAUGCUUGGAGACAAGUUUCUGAAAGAGCAAGACGCCCGUUUCAGUUCGGAGCCAUAUGUUAGUCAAGCUGUGCAUAUACCCAAAGGAAGCCAGGCCUUUGCUCUCAUGGCAAGUGAUGGGUUAUGGGAUGUUAUUGGCAUCAAGAAAGCUGUGCAGCUCGUUCUUCAGACAAAGGAGAGAUACGCUGCGGAUAAAGAGAAUUCAAAUUCAGCAGAGAGGAUAGCUAAUUUUGUGUUGAGCGAAGCACGAACACUGCGUACAAAGGACAACACCUCGAUAAUAUUCUUAGAUUUUGAUGCCAACAGAACUGCUGCUUGUAACCUUGAUUCGUAAAUUUCAUUUAGAAAAAAAAAAUUCAUAUUUUUUAGGGUUUCAAA